AUGCGCAGCGCCCACUGCGCGGAACAGCGGUCUGACCCUGCAGCGAACCUGACACGACUGCGCGAACAGCCGACCCUCAGCGACUGCGCGGAACAGCCGACCCUCAGCGACUGCGCAGAACAGCCGACCCUCAGCGACUGCGCGGAACAGCCGACCCUCGCCGACUGCGCAGAACAGCCGACCCUCGCCGACUGCGCGGAACAGCCGACCCUCGGCGACUGCGCACCGACCCUCACCGACUGCGCAGAACAGCGACCUGGCUCACCGAGCUGCGCGGAAAGCCGACUCGGCGACUCGCAGUCUCAAACACGACCUACGUGCGCAGAACGGCUGGUCACGGCUGAGGUGAAGGCAACGGGGUGGUUUGGCAGACUCUGCUACAGUCUCAAAAAGUUUGUGAAGGAGCGUACCGGUGAGGAUGAGACCCAGAACAAGAGGCUGGUGUACACUGUCCUUGGGUUGCCAAACCUGAGGAACAUGUGUUACAUGAACGCAACUCUCCAGAGUCUGUUCAGUCUGCAAGACUUCAUGGAGGACGUGAGGAGAGAGGAGAGCUCACACUUGAUGAAGUGCGUAGCAGAGCUGCACGCAGCACGGCGCUGCGGUAGCAGUAAUAAAAAGACUGAUCUGUUGAAGACCCUGAAAAAGUCAGUCUCAGAGAACUGCAGGGACUUCUGUGGACAUGAACAACAGGACGCCCACGAGUUCCUGAACGUUCUCAUGUCCCAGAUGAAAGAGGAGGGCUUCAUCCUCAGCACGGCCGACGGGCUUCACCCUUACACCUGCCCAGUCGAGGCCAACUUCGAGUUCGACCUCCUGUCCUGCAGAACGUGCCUCAGCUGUGGGGAGACGGUACACAAAAUGGAGUCCUAUAACUCCCUGUCUGUGGACUUGGUCUCAGGCGGCUCCGUGGAGGACAGCCUGGCACUUUACUUUAUGGACUACGAGGUGGAGUGCCAGUGCUGUGUUUGCUUUGCACAGCUGGCCAUAGUAGAGCAGAAACUGCAGUCGCUACCCCGUGUGUUAGUCCUGCAGCUGAAGCGCUUCACCUUCAACUCCAAGCUGACGCUGGUGAAGCUGCAGGACACGCUGGAGAUCCCCCCAGUGCUCAGCCUGCAGGGCCACAGCGACGCCACGGCGACCUACGGCGACUGCCACGAGCCCUCCUCCUCAAAAGGGGACACUGUCCCCACUGCAGAACCAGCCGGCGGGCCGCCACGAAUACAGGCUGACCAGCGUGCUGUCUCACAUCGGGGCCAGCGUGCGCCACGGCCAUUAUAUCAGUGAAUGCGCCGACCGGGAUGGAAACUGGCUCUUGUUUGACGAUGAGACGGUGAAGCAAACUGAUCUGGAGUCAGUGCUCUGCCAGAGAGCCAGCUGUGCGUACCUGCUCUUUUAUGAGUACAGGUAAGAGUUGGUCCAUGUCAAUGGCCUGGCUGUGCUAAUGAGUUUGACUACAGGUAAGAACAGUGGCGUUCUGUGAGUUUAGUACAGGUAGGAACACUGCAGUUCUGUGAGUUUAGUAUAGGUAGGACUGCUGUUCUGUGAGUUUAGUACUGGUAGGAACACUGCAGUUCUGUGAGUUUAGUACAGGUAGGACUGCUGUUCUGUGAGUUUAGUACAGGUAGGAAUACUGCAGUUCUGUGAGUUUAGUACAGGUAUGACUGUUGUUCUGUGAGUACAGUUUAAAGCUGAUUACAUGUGCGUCACAUGGUUUUGGGUUGGACGAGAUCGGCAGCCGCACUGGGCUGAUGUCCCUAUUAGGGGUGCAGGCAAGUAGGCCAGGAGAGAGCAGUGAAAUGGAGCCCAGAAACCCCAGGGCCAGCCUCUCGACCCAGCACGGAAACACAAGGACCAAUCUGUCGACCCAGCACAGAAACACCAGGGCCAGCCUCUCGACCCAGCACGGAAACACAAGGACCAAUCUGUCGACCCAGCACAGAAACACCAGGGCCAGCCUCUCGACCCAGCACGGAAACACAAGGACCAAUCUGUCUGAACUCCUGGGGAAAGUUUCUUCAACUCCUCCCUGCCAAAGAAAAAGAAAACUACUUUUAAAAUGGUGGCUGCAUCCCAAAUAUUUACCAAAUAUUUAUUUAUAAAAGUGGCAUUAUAUUGUUAGUAUUAUUUCUUAUAUUAAGAAAUUACUGUAUUUUUACUUUGGGAUAUGUAUUCCCAGAUAUGUAUUGCAUUUACUGGGGAAACACUGAACCAAUGAUAACUGACACUGCUCUUUAUAUUGUAAUAUGAUGCUUUAACAGUGCUAAAUGUGUCUUUCAGAAUGCAAUGAAAAAUUACCAGAGCACAUAAUGUUUGAGUCCUACUUGUACAGUUAAGAGUUAAGAUCACUCUUAUCUGUAGUUGUUUUUUUUAUGUACGUUCUAUUUCAGUAUGCUUUGCUGUGUAUAAUAUAAUCCACUAUCCUAUCAUACACAUUUGUUAUUUUAAAGGAUUUAUUGAAUGACCAUAAAUAUAACAGCAAUCUUCUUUUGGUUAUUUUGGUUUAAAAAAAAGUUUUUUUUAAGAUUUUGUGCGUUCUCUCCUUAAAGGGAUAGUUCACUUUGGUAUAACCCAAGUAAUUCUGUGGAGCUUACCCAUUUGCAUAGCGAGAACGCUAGCAACCUGAAAACAGCUUAUUAGCUCACAAAAACAGAUACCUUUAAUAAGAAAAAAUAUUGCAUUGAUGUAUUAUCCCCAGUCGUUAGUUUGAGGAACUAUUAUCGAGAAAGUCCCGAAAAUGAUUAGAAGUGAAUUGGGAGCCUGACAACCAGCAGGGGCAGCUGAUGUUGCCAGUAUUCAAGCUAUGCAGAUAUAAGUACUGUCCACAAAACUAUUAAUGUUUUAGGAAAGUGAAAAAACGCUUGAAGAGGACUGCCUUUGUACAGGUGUACACAGAGACCGGUUGGAUGUUAUUGAUAGAAAACAAGUCUGCCAAAGAUUGGUGGUAUAAGUGACAUAGCAUACGUUUUUGAAUUGUUCUCAUAAAAGCUAACGCAAGGGCAAGGUGACAUGAGGUCUACUUGCCUGUGGGUUUUUAUGACAGAGUUGGUUUUUUUCCUGUAGUAUACAAAUAAUAAAUAAUAAUAAAAUAUAUAAAAAAUCACUGUUGCUCAGUGUUCAGAUGGUUCCAAAGACAAUUUUUUACUCUCAUAAGCAGUCAUCCUCAGAAAAAGUAGGUCUAUAUUUUGUGUACAGUUCCUACUAGUUAAAAUGACUAGGUAAAGUUAUUGGUACAAUUACAGUUAAAGAAAAUAAAAGAUUUGUAAAAAUUUGUAUUUUUCUUUUUCCUAACUGCACUAACCCUCCAUCCCAGUUCAAUUGAGUUGACUUGAUUUAGAGGUCUUCUUUGCACAUAAAAAUCCUUUACAGAGAACAAGCACUUCACAUUUCAGGACAUUUGUAUGUGGACUUAGCUGUGGUGCACACUGUACUCAAGGGUACCGUGAGACAUUGUCAAAUAGCCUACCGACAUGUUGCUAAGAACUGACUUGAGAAAGAAGUGGCCCUUCUGAGAGAAGUGGCAGUUGGAAAGCAGCAGUUGGACAGUGAAUUGAUUGACAGGCCAGGCCAGUCAACAGUAGGAAUAGCUACUUAUGUUACUAAAGUUAUAAAAUUACUCCCAUGCUUUAGACAGUUCCGCUUUCGCCAUUUUAACCGAGUUUAACGUUAGCUACCUUGCUAACAACGGACAGACCGAGAGUAGGCCUAUGUUUUGUUAGUACUGCAGACGGCUGUGAAAUGAAUACGCACUGAAGUAAUAAAAUACACCCACGCUUUACAGAGUUCCGCUUUCGGCAUUUUGACAGUUUGACGUUAGCUACAUUGCUAAUGACACGACAGA